AUGGCUUCUCGACUUUCCCUUUACUUCUCUCUCCUCAUUCUCCUCCUCGCCACUGCCUCCAUUGUUUCUUCUGCAGCUCGCCAUGCACCUGCAACUUCGAGCAAAUUAGCUAGGAAUGGAGGAAUGGUGGAGAUACACGAACGUUUCGCAAAGUCGAGAGUCGAAGAUAAUAGUAUGGUCCACCAUCGUCUCCUAACUGGACAUGAAGAGAUGAUCGGCUUACAUGACUAUGGUGAUACUCAUGCCAAUCACAAACAUGAUCCUCAUCAUCCUCUUGCUGUCAAAGGGAAUAACAAGGAGUUGGAUGGUUAA